AUGGAGUUUAAUCCCAGUUACAACGAGGCCCUUUCAUUCGUUGAGAUUGUCAAGCAACGAUUUCAAGAUCAAGAAAGCGUUUAUCGAAAAUUUUGUAACAUCUUUGCAAUGUUCAGAGGAAGACUUACAGACCCAGAAAGUUUAAUUUCACAGGUGGAGAUUAUGUUCAAUGAUCACGCAGACCUGAUUUCACUGUUUCACAAUUUCUUCCCAAAGAAUUUACAGAUGGCCGUCGCCGGAGACAGAGAUACCGCUCCUGUUUGUGUUCCAACAGCGUUAAAAAAAUCAUCUGAUGAGUGUCGGAGAGACGAGGUGAAAGACGACGGAAGGGAAAAAACAAAACUCUGUAUUGAAUUUGUUAACCGGGUGGCAGAAACUUUACAGGAUGAUUACAAGUAUAAAUUGUUUCUUGAUGCUGUUAAUGGUUUGGGGAAGUUCAAGAACAUUGCUCAGGUUCGUAUGGAGGUUUGUGUUAUAUUUAAGGAUCACCCGGAAUUGGAGAUUGAGUUUUCAAGGAUUUUAACGGAUUACUAUGAGGCCAAUUCAAGGGUUGAAGAAGACGCCAAUCUCAGUUUCUUUUCCAGGAGUACGAGUGCUGGAGGUGGAGCACAGAAGAACAAUUAUAAACAAAUCAUGUCUAAUUACGAAGAUGAAAUGUAUAAAGUUGACAUGGAGUAUCAUUCUCUUCAAUCAACCAUGGAGGCCGUGGAUCAAAUGCUGAAGAAAUUGAAAAGAAAUCCGAAUGAAAUGGUCUGCAUUGAAGAUUACCUCACUGUUUUGAAUUUGAAGUACCUGAAAAAAAUUUAUGGUGAUCGUAGUGUGGUGAAGAUGAGGAGAAAUCCAAUUGAUGCGAAUGCCGUAACUUCCAUACAGUUGGACCUGAAUAACAAGUACAAGGAAGUUGAAAAACGUCUCAAGAGGACUAGGAUAAAGUGCUCAAGAACAAUGAAAGAAAUCCACAAGAAGGCGUACAAUCAAGAAAAUCAACGCUUAAGUAGGAAGAGAACAAGGGGAUAA